AUGGAGAAUCUAGUCACAACUACUAUAGAAGCAGUGGCCACGUUCGACCAGCAGUCUGUGCUAUGGGCUCUGAUAGUUGGGAUCAUUCUGGCGUUUCUGCUUGGAGCAGGAAUGGGUGGCAACGAUGUUGCAAAUGCUUUCGGCACCUCAGUUGGCAGUGGAGUGCUAACUGUCUUUAGGGCCUACAUUCUUGCAAGCGUCUUCGAAACAUUGGGAGCUGUGUUAGUAGGGUGGUCGGUGACAGACACAAUGCGAAAAGGUGUCAUCGAUACGGACCAGUACCUGAGUACCCCAAAGGCACUCAUGUUAGGACAGGUUGCUAUAUUAGGAGGUUGUGCUGCAUGGCUUUUAAUAGCGACGCUUCUCAAAAUGCCUGUCUCAACGACACAUUCGAUUGUUGGCGCAACACUCGGUUUUUCGAUAGUUUUGCGAGGAUUUCAGGGAAUCCAUUGGAUGAAGAUCGUUAAUAUAGUUAUCUCGUGGUUCCUAUCACCUGCAUUGUCAGGAACGAUAUCAGUCAUUCUCUACAUGAUUGUAGAUUUUACAGUUUUAAGAAGGGACCAUCCAUUUGAAUGUGGUCUUCGAGCGCUCCCAGUAUUCUACUUUGUCUGCAUUGCAUUCAAUGUGCUGAUGGUUACAUGGGAUGGAUCUAAGUUAUUGCAUUUCAACGAGAUCCCCGUCUGGGGAGCAGUAAUAAUCUCACUCUGCUGUGGGUUCAUAGCGGCCAUGUUUGUCCAGUUCUUUUUGAAACCGAGAAUUAACAGAAAAAUUCAAGAUGAACUUGCUUCUAAACCAAAAACACAAAGCGUCACUGUCAACUCCGACUUCGAAACAGAUCGUUACAUAAUUGGAAAAGAAGUGAAAGAUAUCGAAAAUGGUGGUACUGCUUCUAGUGUUCGCUCCUUCUUCAGUUGGCUUCUUCCGGAUGGAGAACGGGUGGAGGACGAACAAACUAUUAAACUGUUCUCCAUCAUUCAGGUAUUCACCGCCUGUUUUGCCGGUUUUGCACAUGGUGCCAACGACGUUAGUAACGCAAUCGCACCACUCACUGCUCUCGUUGCUAUUUACAAAGACAAGAAUUCCCGGCAGGAGGAAGAGGUUCCCAUUUAUAUCCUACUCUAUGGAGUUUUUGCUAUUUGUGUUGGAUUAUGGACGUUAGGCCAUCGUGUCAUUAAGACCGUGGGUACUAAUAUGUCCGAAAUAAAUCCUGCAACUGGGUUCACAAUCGAAUUCGGUGCGGCUAUGACAGCUUUGAUAUCCAGUAAGCUAGGGCUACCUAUCAGCACUACACAUUGCCUGGUUGGAUCAGUGGUAGCUGUAGGUGUUGUGAAGUCACGUAAAAGAAUAGAAUGGUCUAUAUUUCGAAAUAUAGUCAUAUCAUGGAUAGUCACUUUGCCCGUUGCUGGUUUGAUCUCUGCUGGUAUAAUGCUUCUGCUCCAGCUCGCUCUUUAA